AUGCUUCUUCAGAUUGUUCUUAUUACUCUGUUGGAUGAAGGAACCGCUUAUUACAGAGAUUGGGGGCCUAUUCUGCCCCCAUUCACACCUGGCGUGGUUCCUAUUCAGACUGAAUGUGAUGAAUCAGGAAGGCCAUGUCUUGAACUGCCGUCUAAAAAAAUUUGCAAAGAAAAAAUCACACAACCUCACUUUCCUUGGCUUCCUCUGCCCUGGUGGUUUUUCUACUGCCAAUCACUCAUUGCCCCAAAAAUGGGACCCAGAGUUAUCACUACUUCAAGUACGAUACAUCCAUAUUUUUCGAAGACGUUGGAGGAAUUUUUAAGGUUCCAAAGACAAAGAAAAAGGUUUUAUAUGUAA